CCUUUCUCUGGACCGCUCGCCUCCCCGUGGUCGCCAUCUUGUUCUCGCCGCGUGCUGGAGCGGAGCGGAGCGGACCGGACGGUGAGACCGCGCCGCCGCAGAUACACCACCAUGAAUCAAGAAAAGUUAGCCAAGCUUCAAGCUCAGGUCCGAAUAGGAGGAAAGGGUACGGCCCGCAGAAAGAAGAAGGUGGUGCACAGAACAGCAACAGCUGAUGACAAAAAACUUCAGAGUUCACUCAAAAAAUUGGCCGUAAAUAAUAUUGCUGGCAUCGAAGAGGUGAAUAUGAUAAAAGAUGAUGGAACAGUUAUUCAUUUCAACAACCCCAAGGUCCAGGCUUCCCUUUCUGCAAACACUUUUGCAAUUACUGGUCAUGCAGAAGCUAAACCGAUCACAGAAAUGCUUCCAGGCAUCUUAAGCCAGCUUGGUGCUGACAGCUUAACAAGUCUCAGGAAGUUAGCGGAACAGUUCCCAAGACCAGUGUUGGAUAGCAAAGCACCAAAAUCUGAAGACAUUGAUGAAGAAGAUGAUGAUGUCCCAGAUCUCGUAGAAAACUUUGAUGAAGCAUCAAAGAAUGAAGCUAAUUAAAUCAUUAAUAGUUCUGGAAGCUGGCAUGGACUAGAUUUAAGAAAUCAGCUAUGUGGUUCCAAAGUUUUAAAGAAACAGAGAACAUCAUCUGUUAAUAGUUCAGUAAUAUAAAUAUUUUGUAUUUUAAUGAUGCUGUUUGUUCAGCAUUUUCUGUCAGUUGAUUUUUGCAUUUUGCACUUGCUCCCAGGAUCUCUUCUUUUGGUCAAAAAAAAAAAAAAUGUCAGUGCAGUUUGAGGAGUGUGUGCAUGUGCGUGUAUGUAUGUGUGUGGGUGUACAUAUAGUAGAGAACAAAUUGGAGAACAGUUCUAUUUAACUUUUUCCCUUCUUUCUCAGAAGUAGAAAUAAAAUGGAUCUUCAGCGUUGUUUUUUUUUCUUCUCCAACUAGUGCACGGAAAAAUAGUGAAAGUCUUAUUUGUCCACGUUUCAUGAACUGAAGGCAUUUUUGCCGUUAAACUUCGGGUUAAUUUGCUGUUAACUAUUGUAUUUGCAAAUGUGUUUAUUUUCCAUAUUGAAAAUGUAUCCAUGCUAUUUGUUAUCAACCGUAUAUUGAUACCAAAGACAGGAUAUUUAUAAGCCUGUUUGGUAUGCUAACAUUUUUUUAAAUUGAUCCUAAAGAAGUGUGCUUUCUUCCUUAAAGUUCUUGUCUCAACCUCUUGCCCCCCCUCCCUUCUCUUCCCCUUUUUAACCUUAGCCAAGUCCAUCAGCCUUCAUGUGAAGUCUGUUUUAUAUGGUUGACCUUCAUUCAACCCCUUUUGAAUCGAUAGUGGUGUGUCCUCCUCUUGAUCAUUUGGGUAUAUAUCCUCAGAAUGUUUCUUGCACACAUAAGAAGAUAAGCUCUUACCAUCCAGAAGAGCUAUGUCCAUCGGUUCCUGAACUGGAAGGUCUAGUUGGUAAUAGUGUGAUGCAUCCAUUUGCACAGUAACAUACUUUUGCCUGGCAGGCUUUUGAGACUUUGUUCCAGUGUCGUGACUGCAGCUCCUAACAGCUGUUGUUCUCCAGGGCACUAGAAAUUAAGAAUGGUUAUGAAUUAGUUCAUUGCUAGAGGAAGGGGUCAUUGUCACGUUGCCUUGGCGUCCUGCUGGGCAGUUUGUGCAAUGCCACUAAUUCUGAAGGGAUUUUUACCUUUGCCUGUAACCUACCUCUAUCUAGGUUUAGUGCCAUGGUUGUAGUAGCAUAUUAAAAACAACAAACCUUCUUCAGGCAUACGCAGGACAUGGAGGUACCAUUGGUGCAGUGUAGUAUUUUCUGAACCUUCCUUCAAAAUGCUAAAUGUGAAUCCCUUUUCCAGAGGCUCUUCAAGGUUCUUGAUGUAAUGUGCAUUAUAGUAUAGUUGGACAUCAUUGCAACCUGUAUCAAGGGCAGCUGUAGCUUAUGAAAGCCAUUUUUCUCUAAAUUUAUCAUUUAACUAUGGCUUAAUUGAGACAUAUCAGCUUUUUUAUGUAGGUUCAUACACUAGAUAACUAAAGUUCAAGGUUAUCAGUACAUGAGCGUUCUAGUGACAUCAUCAUAAACCAUGAAAGCAAAGCUGUAGUGGUUUGUCAUCUAGACUUGAUUUAUUUUAUAGACUUGUUCACUUUUCCUGUUUAUAUUUUAUAUAAUACAUGGAUCUUACUACAAAAUAAAAAAAAAAAUACAAAAGA